CUAUCUCCCCCAUAUCACCGCGCUGCGUCUCGGAUUACCUGCAGGACUUUAACCGAGCUCACUGAUCGCGGUGUUUGCACAACGGAUCUUUAAACAACCGCUGUCGUUAGAACACAACGGAUGUCAGUGUGGUGGUCAGAGAUGGGAGAGGGUCUGGGGCCUCUCUCCCCUGUAGGAUGGUAGCCGACAGCACAGUGGAAGGCCAUGACAAGACCCAGUUGUCAAGCUCGUCGUCGUCACCGUCGUCAUCCGCGUCGUCGUCAUCCCUGUCCUCCUCCUCCUCGUCUUCUCCGCUGGCUAGGCAGCUCCAGCGUCAGGCCGCUCUAAAUCUGAACCCCAGGUCGCCGGUGUACCUGACCCACUUCCCCACGUUCUCAUGCAAGGAGGACUGCAAGGUCAUCACGGACACGGCGGCAAAGCUCGAGCUCAGCGCCUUCUACUGGGGUCCUCUGGGAGUGGAGGACGCCCAUCGCAUGCUGCGGGACGCGCCGCUGGGCAGCUUCCUCAUCCGCGACAGCCGGCAGAAAGACGUCUUCUUCACGCUGUCCUACCACGGCAAGAGCGGCCCGGUCAGCGUGCGCAUUGACUACAAGCGACAGAAGUUCUCACUGGCGGGCAUCGAGCGCUCCUUUCCGACGCUCUUCGCCCUCUUGGAGCAUUACGUCAAUUCUCCCAAGAAGAGCCUGAGCGUCCCGUACAGGAAAUGGAAGCCGACGCUGCAGGAGCUGUGCAGGAAGCGCAUCAUGGAGCUGUGUGGCGACGGGAGCCGCGUGGCGGAGCUGCCGCUCACCCAUGUUGUCCAAGACUUCCUGUUGGAAUUCCCUUACAAACUAUGAGCAGCUUGCCGUAUAAACUGUUGAUGGUAUUAUUUUUCAUUUCAAGAAGGCAGUUUUUACCAAGUACCGGUAAACCGGAGGAGCGUUUGGUAAAACCUGCCCAUCACGUGCUGGAGGUCAAGCCUGCGUCUCCCCGUUUUGAGCUAAAAAGCUGCAAAAUGUUCCGCAAGAGACAUUACGACCACAGUCGAGCACAGGCGGUGCUCAGCGGGCCCGGGCACGACAUUUCAACAUACAUUACCUCCGGAAGCUCGACUUGCACACGGACGGAGCGCCUUCUGGUCAUGAGGAAGCGUGAAAAGUUGGAAAAAGCUGCAUUAAGAGAAAUCUACAGCCACAGUAGAGCUAUUACACAGAUAAAAGACCUGGCGGGGUCAACAAACUGUAGGGUCUCUCUGUUGAGAGACCCCAAAAAGAUAUUGUGGACUUUAAGAGCAUCAACAGAGUGGACUUGUGGGAGGGUACGGGCCGCGGUGCCAGUCGGAUUGACUUUUGUAGCAGACUUUAAUACUCUAAUAAUGUUGUUAAAUGUUUACAUCGCACACGAAUGUUGGCCAGCACCGAUGGCUCAAAUACCACUUGAUAUCUUUUUUAAAAAAAUCUGCUGUCACGGCUGCCCGUACGCGGUGGAAUAUCGUAGAAGAUGUCAGAGGGUGUUGGGGUCCCGAGGUCUGGUGCUAACUUGUACUGUACGUGGAGGCGCAUCGCCUCUUACUCCACUAUCUCUGCCAGGCAGAGAAUAAGUUUGUCGGUAACCCUUUACUUGAAGGUAUCUACAUAAGGGCGACAUGACACUGUCAUGAACACAUGACGUAGUCAUGACACAUGAACCCUAACCCUAACUCUAACCCGUCAUGACAAAAAAAA